AUGAAGACCUACAUUACCGCCGUUCUUGCUGCCUAUCUGGCCGUCGCCUCAGCUGCGCCCGCCGCCGACGACGGAUGCGAUGUUGCACCGCCAGCUACCACCCCUUCAUGCACGACCGUCACCCAGACGGUUCUGGCUACCAACGCUGCGUCCAUGAUUUCUACCUUGAGCUCAUCCGCCGCGAGCGUGCAGACAGCCGCUGUUUCUGGAACCAACGUCCAGAAAUUCACCGGCACCCUCGGCGGCGCUCCUCCACCAGUUGUUUCCUCAGCAGGCGACCGGCCCUUCUCCGUGAACGGUGACACCUUCGUGGGCUCGGGCGCGGCGCUGGGGCGGUCCUGCGACGUGCAGCACAACGCGUGCGCCAACGCCGCCAACUCGGGCCAGCUGUCCGGCGGCGUGCAGCAGUGCGACCAGCAGAACCAGGAGUGCCACUCGGCCAACAGCCUGAAGAAGCGGUACACGCGCGACGUCCGCCCGGCGCUGCCCAAGCGCGCCGCGCUGGACCUGGGCUCCUGCUCCAACGCGAACAUUCUCUUCGAGGCGGGUCUCGACGGCCGCAACACCGAGGCGUUCAUCGCGGCCAACCAGCAGGACUUCAACCACGGCUCCGCGCUCAACAUCGCUGUCAUUGCGGGAUUCAUCUGCCAGCGCCUCGGUAGCCCCUGCAACGCGCCUUCGAAUGUCCAGCAGUCCUGCGCCCAGGCUAGCUCUGCUGCUGUGGCGGCGACUCAGAACCAGGCCGCUGCUGAUGCGUGGAAUGCCAUCAUGGGAGACGGCUCUGUCGGUGGUGGCGCCGCCGCUAGUGCUCCUGCUGCUGCUGCUACUCCUACCCCGGCAUCCUCUACUACGUCGAGUGGUGACGAUACCGCCUGUGAUGUUGAGCCGGCGGCGGCUGCUACGCCGACUUCUGAUGUUGUGCUGAUGACUGUUGUCACUUGCAACUGA